GAGAGAGAAAAAAUAAAAAGCCUUAACCGCUCAGCAUGUUUGAGGAUGUGCGCGACGCAGAGGACGCUCUUCACAGCCUGGACAGGAAGUGGGUAUGCGGCCGCCAGAUCGAGAUCCAGUUCGCCCAGGGAGACCGAAAGACGCCCAACCAGAUGAAGACGAAGGAGCGGCGCUCCCCGUCGCGCUCGUCCCGCUACGACGACUACGACCGCGACAGCCGCCGCAGACGCUCGCGCAGCCGCAGCUACGACCGGCGCCGCUCGCGCAGCCCCUCCUACGAGCGACGGCGCAGGCGCUCCGAGAGCCCCCGGGAGUAAGUCGCGUCCGUUUACGAUCGAACAUCAAUGGC